CACUGACACGGGCAAGUGAUUACACGUGACGGCUGUAAGCAUGCGUAACAUCCGAAAUCUUGUUAUGGAUACGUGAAAACAAGGACAAUGUUCUACACAAGAUGAAAGACAGUUUCACAAGUUAUGAAAAACAUCCUGCUGAGAAAAGCUUAUCCGUUUUUCCUAUUAUUUCACCACAACAGCGACAUUUGCUUAAAAACUCCCCGUAUUAUAAUAACGAAAGAACUGCGGGCCAGCCACAUUGCUCAGUAGAUCGCAAAAUAGCCGUCCAGCUCAGAGACAAUCUAGAUGCAGAAUAUUCUGGAACAUUUCAACAAGAGAUUCGUAUCACUUCAAAUAAGUUAGACAGGGCGGCUAAACAUUUGCCGACAUCACACCGACCAUCAAACCCCUUGCAACUUCCGUCGAUUAAGGCUCAACCUACAAAAGAAAAAGUUGUUAUCACUGGCAAAAGGCAAUUAAGCCAAGAAGCACCAACAAAAGGAUACAAAGCCUUUGUUUUACCUGUUGUAUCAAGAGAAAAAUGUGGAUGCACUUGCUCGCGAGGAGAACUAACCAAUGUUAAGUUGAAAAGACUAGCAAGAUUAUUCCGUCCCGAAGAAACACCACCAUUGCUUUCCAUUUACGUACGUUGGAAAAACCGUCGCGAUGGUACUGUCCAAUAUAACCAUCAUUCAUUGUUGGAAAUUUUUCAAAAUUUUGGCAACAUAUCGAAUAUUUUAUUUAAAAGCCAAAAUAGCGCCAUUAUUGUUUAUAUGAACGUCGAAUCCGCAUGUACGGCGGCCAAUGUUAUGGAAAAGGUCGGUCAGGACAUGAGAUUUCAUGUACAAUGGCUCAAUGAUAUUAAAUAGAAUAUACAAAA